AUGGCACCAUACGAAGCUCUUUAUAGAAGGAAGUACCAAGUACCUUUGUGUUGGGAUUUGAUGGAUAGGACCAUUCCCAAAGGUCCAGAUGUAAUUCAUAAAUCGAUUGAUGUUUUGACGAUUGUUCAACAGAACAUGAGAGCAGCACAGAGUUGGCAAGAAGGUUUUCCUUAUGGUUUCACCUACGAAGGGUGUCCAGUGUUUUGGAGUUCGAGGAAAGUUGAGUCCAAAUUGAGGAAGUAUGUUCAUGAACCGUCUCAUGUUCUAGCUCACGAGCCGCUUUUGAUUGAGGAGUCUUUAGUGUAUGAGGAAAGGCCAACCAUGGUCUUAGAUACCCGAGUAAAAGAGUUGAGAAAUUCGAGGAUUCCUUUGAUCAAGGAUCGAAUCGUAGAAUCUACCCUUGUAGGAUCGAAUCGUAGAAUCGUAAGAUCGUAG